AUGAAAAUCACUUUCAAGGUCCCCAAGUUUCAUUUAGCGACUCACUGCCUGCCUUGCCUCGCACGGUUUUCGCUCAACUAUACACCAGGUGCAGGGAAAACAGACGGAGAGGGUAUCGAGCGGAACUGGUCAUGGCUGAAUGGCUGUGCUCGCUCGCUUUCAAUGAUGACUGCUGGAGCCCGGUGGGAUACAAUGGACGAUUUCGCCAACUACUGGAACUGGAGGAAGACCAUUGGGCUGGAAACAUCACUUGUCAGGAAGAUGGUUAAGGUCAUACCUGAAGCCAUGGUGAAUGCCUGGGCCUAUGUUGCAUUUACGAAGGCACUACAGAUUGAUCACGCAGAGGACGUCAAAUUGUGGCAGGAUCAAGUUCUCAAAUGGGAAACAAAUCAGUCAAAUUUUUGUCCAUAUAACGUAAACGAUGAUACACUAACCCUGGCAAAGGUCAAGAAGGAUCUUGCUGAUGAGGAACAUCAGCGAGAGCUGGAUGGCGCAAACACGCUCGCAACAACGGCUAGCGGGUUGAUAAUCGAAGGGCUAGAAAUCGAAGAGCUUCAGCGUACCUUGACAACUACGGCGACACGAAAGAAAUUGACUGAAUACCAACAAACUGCUCUACAGAAAACUAGAACCUCUCUGCUGGGCAAGAUACGGCGGUUCCGGGUUGUUCUUUUCCAGUAUAUGCCAGGUGUUCGUCGUCUACUCGAAACAGAUCCGAUCACUCAUGAAACCCGGCCAGAGAAUUUGAAACUUUUCCUUCCCAGUAACCUCAAUUUCAGCACCAGGGUGGCUAUUUGUCUGCCAGGAAUUACCGACAUCGAGGAUCGUCUUCGGUAUGCUCAGGCAUUUGACUCCUUGAGUCAGUUGCAUUCGCAACUCCGAGCACGAUCGGUGGCGUACAAAAAUGGCUCGCGGCUCAUCCCGUCACAGGCAAUGUAUACUAAAUUGCAUGCCCUCCAGGACAACCUAGAGGUCAAAAUCAAAGCUAUCUCAGACACCUACCGGGCAGCACGCUCAGCGCUACUGUCGCUCCGAGGAGAAGGGCCGUGGACCUUGCUCCUUCGCGAACUUCAUCCUCGGGACAUUAGAGGGAUAACGGAGCGAGUGGUGCAGGAGAUUGAGAAGGCAGACUUGCGACGAGCCCAGGAGAUGGCUGGGUUUACGACUGACGAAAUCAAUGCCGUUCUAAAGGGGAUAACAUCCCGACUGUUCCUGUGA